CCCGAAACCGUCGUUUGAUUUGUGAGACUCUCUCUCUCUCUCUCUCUCUCUCUCUCUCUCUCUCUCCCCCACUCCCUCCCCACUCUUUCUGUGUCUGUGAUUUGGAGUUGUACUGUUUGACUGAGAGGAGGAAAUGGGGGUUCCCGUGAUCGGAUUUCCGGCAAUUCCGAUCAUACGUCUGAUGGGAGUAGCCAUCGCUGCUCUCGUCCUCACAUGGUGCGUGCAUUACAGGGGAGGAUUGGCUCUCGUCUCCGACGACAAGGCUCUCAUCUUCAAUGUCCAUCCCGUUUUAAUGGUGAUUGGUCUCAUACUGCUGAACGGUGAAGCAAUGCUAGCAUACAAGAGGUCCACUGGAACCAAGAGCUUGAGGAAAUUGAUUCAUCUGUCUCUCCAGUUUGCUGCCUUCUGUGUGAGCAUUAUUGGAGUCUGGGCUGCGCUGAAGUUCCACAAUGAGAAGGGUGUCGACAAUUUCUACAGCCUCCAUUCCUGGUUAGGGAUAGCUUGCCUGCUUCUCUUCGGCAUUCAGUGGGCUGUUGGAUUCACAACUUUUUGGUACCCGGGCGGCUCGAGGAACGGCCGAGCCUCGCUGCUGCCGUGGCACGUUUUCCUUGGAAUCUAUAUCUAUGCCCUCUCUGUCGCUACUGCCACCACUGGGUUUCUCGAGAAGGCGACAUUCCUCCAGGCUAGCCAUAUCAUAUCACACUAUUCCUCGGAAGCUUUGCUAAUAAACUCGUUGGGCAUCUUAGUUGCUGUGCUGGGUGGCUUAGUCAUCCUUACUGUUGUCUCGCCUCCUGCUGCUGCCAAGGGUGACUACUCUGAGCUCCCGCUGAGCACCCACAACCUUUAGAAAGGCCCUUCUCUUUCUCUCAGAUAUCUCUCGGACUGUGAAGUUACACAAAGAUAGGGAACAUUACUUGGAUUCACUUUUAGGAAUUUUGCCUGUACUGAUGGAAUAUUUACUUGGGAUAUAACCAUAGCAAGAAGUCACCGUUAUUGACAAGAAGUUUGAUCCACAAUGACCUUCUGACGAGAGAAGUUUGAACUACAA